AUGGCCAUCGCAACAGCCAUCUUUGCUUUGAAGCAGAGGGUUCUGGAACACGCUUUGCAGUCAGCUAUCAUUUCGCUUCUCCUCGCACCCCUCAUCUACGUCAUUGCGAACGAGUUCAUCCGCUCAAAGGCCAGAAUUGCAAAGCUCGAUGGUCCUCGAGGCUUACCCCUCAUUGGCAAUUUGUGGGAUAUCCGGGUCAAUGCGGCAGAGCAAUACCGUAGAUGGGCAAAGAAAUUUGGAGCGGUCUACCAGAUCCAACUGGGAAAUGUCCCUGUUGUGGUUGUAAACUCUUCUGCAGCAGCCAAGGCUCUGUUCGGACAAAAUGCCCAGGCUCUUAGCUCGCGUCCGGAAUUCUACACUUUUCACAAGCUAAGAAACAACAAUCAGAUCCUUUCCGACACCGCCGGCACAACUAUUGGUACUUCUCCAUACAGCGAUUCCUUGAAACGUCGGCGUAAAGGGGCUGCGUCAGCUUUGAAUCGGCCCUCGGUAGCGACUUAUGUGCCCCAUCUCGACGUCGAAUCCAGAGACUUCAUCAAAGAGCUAUAUGAGUACGGGAAGGCUGGAGAAACUCCUGUUGAUCCUAUGCCCAUGAUUCAACGGUUGUCGUUAUCUCUAGCGCUAACUCUAAACUGGGGAGUUCGCAUGAGCAGUCAGAAAGAUGGACUCUUCAAGGAGAUUACCCAUGUCGAGGAAGAAAUUAGUCGCUUCCGAUCAACCACUGGUAAUCUUCAAGACUACAUUCCGUUGCUUCGUCUUAACCCCAUAAACAUGCAAUCGGCCAAGGCCCGGGAGGUGCGCAACAGACGCGACGCCUACCUCACGGCGUUGAACAAAGGUCUCGACGAGCGGAUGGCCAACGGCACGCAUAAGCCAUGCAUCCAGGCGAACGUUAUAAUGGACAAGGAAGCGAAGCUCAACCAGGCGGAGCUGACCUCUAUUAGUCUAACAAUGCUCUCUGGGGGACUUGACACUAUCACUACGCAAGUGGCUUGGUUUGUUGCCAUGUUGGCUCAGCGACCGGAUAUUCAAGAAAGGGCUGCUUCAGCUAUUCGAGAAUUCUAUAGCGAGAAGCAGCCCAUGUGUGAUGCCGAAGACGACCAAGAGUGCAAGUACAUAGUCGCCUUGGUUCGAGAGUCUCUCAGAUACUAUACCGUUCUGCGACUUGCCCUCCCCCGAGCUUCUGUGCGCGAUGUCCCUUACGGGCAAAUGAUAAUCCCUAAGGGCUCUGUAAUCUUCCUUAAUGCAUGGGCCUGCAAUAUGGACGCUGAGGUUUGGUCUGACCCUGAAGUCUUCCGCCCCGAGCGUUGGCUAGAGCAACCGGACGCACCUCUAUUCACGUAUGGUAUUGGCUACCGCAUGUGCGCCGGCUCGCUGCUAGCUAACCGGGAACUCUACAUUGUUUACAUGAGACUACUCAACAGUUUCAAGAUUGAGAAGUACGAUGAUGUCGACCACCACCCCAUUUCUGGCAAUGCCGAUCCCACUUCUCUUGUGGCUAUGCCCAGGCCGUACCGAGCGAGGUUUGUGCCUCGAAACAUCAAUGCACUGAGAGACGCCUUGAACCCUACUGGGGAGAAAGUCUAG